UGCUCCUUUCGAACAACAAGAACGCAGAACUUAUUUAUCAUCAAACUUUACAUCUGCUUGUACUACACCUUCCAAAAUAGGAACUGGAUUUACGGGUUUUAAUCCUAUUCUUCACUAUUAG